AUGUCCAACCGAUACAGCAAACAAGACCAACUCCCCGCCGAGGUAGAUGACGACGACUUCGACCAGAGCCCCAUGCUAGCUGACGACGCCGAUUCCGAGGAACAACUCGAACGCGACGAGGACGAUGCCAUUGACAAGUCGAACAUCAUCCCCGGAGACGGUCUGCGUCAUGCGAAGCCCCAGACUCAGAACCAGUACAGCGAGGGACCGGACGAGGAUGAUAUAUAA